AUGUUUGUAGAUUCCAGCCAAGCGUUGGCUUCGCCUUCGUUUGUCGAACCAAAUUCUCCUCAAGCAAAAGAGAAAAGAUAUUUCUUCCAUGAAGAAGUUGUAAGUCCAUCAAAGAAGGAUGAUAAGUCAACUGAAAACUAUUCAAACAGGAAAAUAAGUCAGGAUUCCAUUUUCGAUUCUAAGGUAGAAAUGAAAUUAACUAAUAAUUAAAUAUGUCUUGUGAAUUUGUUUGAACAAUAGAAUAAGGAUAAGGAUAGAGAUACAAUCACCAAAUUACAAUAGCAACUAUCGCAAUAAUCUUAAUUGAUUCUAAGUUUACAAAAUCAAAUAUAAAUUCUGAAGGACUUGAACAAGAAAAACCAGACCAACAUCUCGGAACUGCUGGGAUAGAUCAGGAAGUUGGAAUAGGAGAAUCAAUUCUUUUAGGAUCAGCUAUUGAAAAACAGGCUGAGUUUGUAAGAUUAAAUCAAAUAACAAUAAUAAAUAAAAAUUGAUAUGGAAAAUACAAAAAUCUAACUAUUAAAUAAGGAUUAAAUGAUUGAAUCUCUCCAUUAACAAUUAUCAUCCUUUCGCCAAGAUUAAAGCAGAUGCAGAGUAGGCAGAAGUCCCAAUAGAAUAAUAGAGCAAAUAGUGAACUGCCAUCACCCAUCAAUCUCGUAUAUCAAUUAUAGGAUUGCUCCUCAAAGAUCGCAUUCUAGCAAUAUCAAGAAUUUUUGA